UCGUCACAACACAAAGUUGUUUUUGAACUGAAAAAUGGGGCAGAUCCAGUAUUCUGAAAAGUAUUUUGAUGAUACCUAUGAGUACAGGCAUGUUGUUCUUCCUCCUGGUGUAGCGAAAUUGCUUCAUAAGAAUCGUCUUCUAUCUGAAAAUGAGUGGCGGGCAAUUGGAGUUCAGCAGAGCAGAGGAUGGGUGCACUAUGCUAUUCAUCGACCAGAGCCCCAUAUCAUGCUCUUCAGAAGGCCACUGAACUAUCAGCAGCAACAAGAGAAC